GUUCUUUGUAAAGGAAACAUGAAGAGUCAUAUAAGGAUACUCUUUUACACCCACUGGAGACAAUUUUUUGAAUAACUUGGUAUUUGCUAAAGGUUCUUAAAAUCUGAAGUAACCUUUUCUUUUUCUCCUCCAUCAUGGACCUGCUUCCAGCCCAGGAGGCAGCGAAAAUUUACCACACCAACUAUGUGAGGAACUCCCGGGCCAUCGGCGUCAUGUGGGCCGUGUUCACCAUCUGCUUCUCCAUCAUCACCAUGGUGGUCUUCAUCCAGCCCUACUGGAUCGGGGACAGUGUCAACACGCCGCAGGCCGGAUACUUCGGCCUUUUCCACUACUGCAUCGGGAACGCGCUCACCUCGGAGCUCACCUGCAAGGGCAGCGUCUUCGACUUCAACUCCAUCCCGUCGCCGGCCUUCAGGACGGCCAUGUUCUUCGUGGGGACCUCCAUGCUGCUGGUGGUGGGCACCAUGGUGGCUUUCAGCUUGUUCUUCUUCUGCAACGCAGGGAACGUCUACAAGAUCUGUGCGUGGAUGCAGCUAGCCUCAGCCGUGUUGAUGGCGAUGGGCUGCAUGAUCUACCCUGACGGCUGGAACGCAGCGGAGGUAAAGAGGAUGUGUGGCCAGAGGACCGAUAAGUACACUCUGGGAAACUGCACCGUGCGCUGGUCCUACAUCCUGGCCAUCAUCUGCAUUCUGGACGCCGUCCUCCUGGCUCUGCUGUCCUUCACUCUUGGUAAUCGGCAGGACAAUCUGUUGCCGGAUGGCUUCGAGGUGGAGGGAGCAGAAAACUCGUGAACAUAUUUAUUCAAAAUGGAAGGACAAUGAAGAUCCCAGCUGGAGCAAAACCAAGCUGUUAUUUUCCCCUUAAGUUGUAGUGAUAGUCUUCUGGUUAUUUAACAUUUCACCAAAUAAACACAUGUACACAGUUAUUCCGUACUGCAUGAAGAUCUGUUCUUUUAUUGAAUGGUGUGUUUUACAUGUUCGUCUUUAAACAACAAAAACAGUCUAUGUUUUUGAAUGUGACGCUAAUGUAAAUUGUACGUUUUUACCUUUAGGUCUCAGCAGAUAACAUAGCUUACUUUGAUAUGAUCGGUUCGCUACACCAUCACAAAACAUCAGAUCUCACCGACUCUAUAUUUAAAAACAGGUAAAUUAUUACUCAACAGUUGGCCAUACAUACAACCGAGCUCAAACACAUCUUCCAUACACUUUAUUAAAACACAGCUACCCAGCUAAAUCAUUUUAGCUAAGAUAUAAGAUUUGUUAAAAACUGUACAUAACUGUAAUAUACAUAAAGGCAAACUCUUUGGUACAGAUAUAUACAGUUUAUUUUCUUUUUUUUCCCUCCAUUUAAUUGGGCUUUAACAUUUUCUCUCACUGAAACCUUUUACCCCCCUAAACCUGAAUUGUAAUAGGUGUAUGAGAAUACCAGCCUCCCAUGAGAACAAUCAAUCUAAUUUUUUUUAUUACAUACUUUCCAAAUACCAGGUGACAUUAGGUUUGUUAUGGCUAAAUAUGACCUACUUAAUGAUAGUGUCAGAAAGACUCUAGGGGGCCUUAAAAAAUAAACCACAGUCAGUGUAAAUGUCAGCCCAGUGUGCAACUUUCUCAACCUACUUUACAAAUACAAACUUUAUACCCCCAGAGAGAUAAAAGGGGAAAAAAAUCAUUUUUAUAAAAAGUAACAGCACUAAUGAAAAUGUAAGCGAAAGUAAGUCCUUUUGAGGGAACAGAGAAAAGAAAAAAAGGCUACAUAUCCUUGACUUGUUUUGA